GAAGCUCAGUGCCACGUUUUAUUUUUUUCACACGUAUUUACUUUCACACUCUUAAUGAAAAAGUUGUCGGCAAAGUGAAACUCAAAAAUGCAUCUUCUGCCUCUUUUUCUUUAAAAUUCCAUUAACUUGCGAACUGUCAGGUGAACAAAUGAUGUAGGUACCAAGAAGGCUGUUCCAUCAGAUAGAAGAAUUUAGAGAUAAGGCCCAAAACUGCAAAUAUAGUUAGAUUGUAUUAUUUAUUUUGAACGAGAGCAAAAGACGAACGAAAAGGAAUCAGCCAUCCUCAUGUGUCUCGGCAGAGAAAAAAGAACUGGUGCAGGCAAAGAAAUGUUGCGGAAUAGACAAAUUAAAGUGACUGCGGUCGGCGAUGGUAUGGUUGGCAAAACAUGCAUGCUAAUUACUUAUACAAAUAAAAAGUUUCCUACAGAAUAUGUGCCCACUGUAUUUGAUAAUUAUCCAGACCAGAUAAUAUUGGAUGGGGAGGAAUUUAACGUGACACUAUGGGAUACUGCGGGUCAGGAAGAUUAUGAAAGAUUAAGACCUUUAUCCUAUCCCCAUACUGACUGCUUCCUGCUUUGUUUUUCGGUGAGCGCUCGGAGUUCAUUUGAAAAUGUGGCCAGUAAAUGGCAUCCGGAGAUAAAGCAUCAUUGUCCCAACGUUCCGAUAGUUCUUGUUGGUACAAAAAGUGACUUGAGGAGUCAGGAAAAUUUAGACAUAGUGACACAACGUGAGGCGAAAAAAAUGAAAAAGAAAAUCAAAGCCUACAAAUAUGUCGAAUGCUCGGCGAUAAAACAAGAGGGACUUCAAGAAGUUUUCACCGAAGCUCUAAGAGCAGUUUUAAAGUCACCGUCGUCAAAGAAAUUUUGUUGUGUAUAAAUAUCAAAACUCAUGACGAAAAAAGGUAGAAUAAUAAUUAAAGCCCCUUAAUUAAGGAAUGAACAAUAUGAAAAUUGUUUUGAUAACAAAAAAAUUUUCCUCAACUAGCAAAAAUAAUUUAUUUUGCAGUAUAAGAAAAAUUUUUCCGAAAUAUACGCACAUUAGUAUUUAUGUGAAUAUUAAUAAAUAUUUAACGAACGUGAAGAUUUGAACAUCUUCGAAAUCUGAAUUUUAUAUAAAUUCUAAUAUAUUAUUAGAAUAUAUUAUAUAUUAUAUACUAAUAUAAAGAUUAUAUAUGUUGUAUAGAAUAUAGUUGCACCAUUUGGUGAGUCCAAAAAUAAUUAUUCAUAAGUGCCACAUUGCCUUUAAUAUCACAACUGUCUUUAUUUUCAUGUAAAUAAUUGAAGAAAUAUUUUAUAAUAUUUUUUAAAGUAUUAAAAUAAAAAUUUACUCUUUUUACAAUU